AUGCAAUUAGGAGCUAAACACGUUGAAUCACCAUUUAUUGAAUUUGGUCAAAUAAGUACCCUUUUAUACUUUUUAUACUUCACAGUUGUAAUGUAUUCUGUUACUUUAAUCGAAAAUUCAUUUAUUGACUUAAAUUUCUACACUAACAGCAAACAUUGUUCCGAUUUUGACCUUAUUACUAGAAACAACGCUAGUUACCACAUGAAUAUAAAGCAGAAAUAUCUGUUACUAUGUACAUAG